GAAGAAACUAAAAAACGAUUAAGAAGCGGAAGAAGAAUCUCAAUCUCCGCCAUUAGCGUCUUCAGCGUUUUGCUGCAAUCUUCCAGAUUUCAAAACGUGAACACUGCUAUAGUAUAACAUAAAACGUCAUGAAAGUUAAGUAGUCACGCAAACUCCGUAUAAAAAUCUUUAUGUAUUUAGUGGUGUUUGUUAAUGUCGUGCUUAACCGACGAAGUGGGUGCGGUUCAGAAACAAAACAAGUAUUAUUCGUAUCCAUCGAAAUUUGGUUUUGCAGAAAUCUUUAACAAUAUGAAGAUCACUUUCAUAUUAUUUGAGAUUUUACUACUGAUGUGCGUUGUGUUUGGUGCUGAUAAAGGUGAAGUGAAGUUGGUGUCAGUGAUGGAGGGAGAUUCUGUCACUCUAAACUCUGAUCCUACUCAAGUUAUUGAGAUACGCUGGUGGUUUGGAGAGGCAGAUUUAAAGAUUGCCCAAAUUGAUGAAAAGGGGAUCUCAUUUCCCUCUGAGAGAUUCAAAGGCAGACUGCAGCUGAGUCAGACUGGAUCUCUGACCAUCAGUAACAUGAGGAUCAAUGACUCUGGACGUUAUAAACUACGGAUUGACCACAGGAAUGGAACCUCAAAUCAGGAAUUUACUGUUACUGUCUCUGAGUCUCCAUCUGUUAUUAGUGUUGAUGAAGCUGAAAUGAAGAUUGUGUCAGUGAUAGAGGGAGAUCCUGUCACUCUUCAUGUUCCUCAAAUACAUGGAGAUGAGCUGAUAGUGUGGAGGUCUGGCUAUGAAGGAAAACUCAUAGCUAAACAUGACAUAGAGGCCAAGAGCCCACCAUUAUAUAACACUGAUGAGAGAUUCAGAGACAGACUGCAGCUGGAUCAUCAGACUGGAUCUCUGAUCAUCACAAACAGCAGAACCACAGACUCUGGACUUUAUCAAGUAAAAAUCAGCAGCAACAAACAGACUUUAUACAAGAGAUUCACUGUUACUGUCAGUGAACCAGGUGUGUCUCCAGGUGCUGCAGCAGGGAUUGUUGUUGUUGUUCUGCUGGUGGCUGCAGCUGUAGCUGCUGGUGUGUUUUAUUACUUCCGCCCCAGGAUCUCUCAACUACCAAGUGAAACAUGGUCAGUGUUUCUGGGAGAUGAUGUCACUCUAAACCCUGAUACUGAAAUACAGACAAGUGAUGAGAUACAGUGGCUGUUUGGAGCUGAAGACACUCUCAUAGCUGAAAUCAAAAAAGAGACUGGAGAGAUGAUUACAUAUGAUGGUCCUGGUGUGAUAUUCAAGAACAGAUUCAAGCUGGACAAGACGACUGGAUCACUGACCAUCAUGUGGAUCAAAAUUCAACACACUGGACUUUAUACUCUGAAGAUCAGAAGAGGCAGAAAAACCUUAAACAAAAGAUUCCAAGUUUCUGUCAAUGGUGAGUCACUCCAGUCAGUUUAAUAAUGAUCACAUUCUUCAUCAUUCAUUCAUUUUUUUUUUUUUUUUUUUUUUUU